GACGAUGAUGAAGAGGAUUACGAUGAUGAAGAUGAGGAGGAGGAUGAGGAAGAUGGAGGUAUCGAAGGCUUCUCUCAAAUAAAUGCCUCCGAGGAGAUAGAGAAAGGAAAGGCAGUUCAGUCACAGCUAGGAUUAUGGGAUAGCUUCAUGGAAAGUCGUAUAAAACUGCAGAAGGCCCUACACCUUUCUAACCAGCUCCCUCAAUGUCAGACGUUAGACAGGUUCUUAGAAGAGGGGGAGGAGGAUGGAGACCUGCCGAUUAUUCUCAAGAAAAGUGAGAAAGAAUUGACUAGACUCAUGCAGUCUCUUGUCAGUCUCCAGGAUACAUUAUUACAGCAAAACCCAGAGACACAACACAUCAUUCAUGGAGAAACUCCUGGCAGUCAGUCUAUAAAUGCAAAUGAAGAUGAUGACGAUGACGAGGAGAUACCCAGCGACACCGACAACGACGAGCCUAAGACGGCGUCGCCUGCCGUGGAGAGGAAAUCACUGAAGCGGAAACUGGAUCCCUCGGACUUUGAGGAGCACCUUGCCAAGCAUCACAAGAACUUUGAAUCAUUUAGGAACAAUACGAUCCAAAAGUGGUAUGAAAAGACGAGAUUGUCAACGGGAAAGUUGAAUAAAAAGUCUUUCAGCGGCUUUGAGAGGUCAGCACUGGUCCAAAUCCAGCAGAUUUUACAAGAUCAGAACCGAUUGGUGCAGAGGACGCAGCUAAAGAGAUCAGAGUACACUGUCUUGGGUCAAAGGUCACGUGUUUCAAAGAGAGAAGAGGAAAGCCAAGAUGAAGAGAAACAAGAUGAAGACAUACCAGAAAUAGCCAACCAACAUCUCAAGAACCAUGAUCCAGAGAUCUUUGAUGAUGAUGACUUCUACCAUCAGCUGCUGCGUGAAUUGAUAGAAAGGAGAACAAGUUCAACAACUGAUCCUAUACAACUAACCAGACAAUGGUUACAAGUGCAGAAGCUGAGAACCAAGGUCAAGAGACAGGUCGAUACCAAGGCAAGCAAAGGAAGAAAAGUCAGAUAUGAUGUCCAUCAGAAGCUAGUUAGUUUCAUGGCUCCGGUGGACACAUCCACCAUGUUACAGGAGGCAAGGAUGGAACUUUUCAAAUCCAUCUUUGGGCAGAGCCUGACAGAGGAAGAAACGGCAAGAUAACAUUGACCUUGAUAGACACACCAAGUUGCAUCUUUAUUGUGACAUCGCUCAUUUCUGUUCUUCCCGACAAGAGCCCUUAAUACUUUGUAAAAAUGCAUUCGGUGUAAAUAACGUAAAUAAUGAUGCAAAUUACCACAGCAAGCUAAAGUUUAUAUCAUGUACUUUAUUUAUUUAUAGUGAUUAAAAUUGUUCACAUAUUUCACCAGAUGUAAAUGAUAUACAUUAUUAUAUUUACCCAGUUGAUCAGGGCCCCGUCUAACAAAGAAUUGCGAUUGAUCCAAUCAACCACAACUAUGGAAAUCCAGCAAUGUCAUCUCAAAAGCAUGUUUGUGCAAUGCAUUCAGUGUGAUUGUCUUUGUUUACAAAGGACAUAGUGCACAUAUCCUUCGGAAAAAAUUAUGACAUUGAUGGAUUUCCAAAUACUUCAUGUUUAUCGGAUCAAAGUAACUCUUUGAAAGACGGGGGCCCAGAUGUAAACAUUUAGUGUACUGUCUGGUAAUAAAUAUUAAGUAGAUUACUAAGGGGUGGUACAAGAAAACAUUUGCGAUCAAUUGCAAAUUUCUAUUGCAAUUUUACAAUUGAUAGAUCAUUUUCAUCUUAAGAAAAUUAGAAUACAUUGCUUGUUGCAAGAGGCAAUCAAUUUGGUUGAUGCACAAUACGGAGCGCCACCUAUUGGUUGCAGCAGACAGGCCCGAAUUCGCAAUGCCUCAUGGGGGAAAAAGACAUUGAAAUCAAUCUCUGUGGGGUGCGCUGCAUGCAUGUGACUCGGCCGGCUUGCAUAUGCAGUUGAGGGGGGAGAAAAAUUUGCCACAAAUCCUAUGAAUUCUUCCUCCCUUUUGCCACGGUUUUCUUUGAAAGAUUUGUGAAUGAUACAGAGACCACCAAAAAGAUUCGCAAUUGAUCAAAAUUGUCUUGCAAUGCCCCUUUACAAAUACAAAUGAUUGACAUGUACAUGUAUAAACAUGAAUGCCGUGUUUCUUGAAUCUCGCUGAAUCGGUGAAAGCCACGUACAAUAUGAAUGAAUGCAAUGAUCGACCUAACACACAAAUCCAUUCAUUUCCACAUUACAAUUGGUCGUUUGUUGCAGAAUAAAUGGUUUAUAUAUUGUUAAAAACA